CUGCCGCCGCGGCCGCUGCCAGACCUCGCCAGUUCAGACCCACCGGGCUGCCCUCCCCUGCGCUCUCCCCCUGCUGCCCAGGCCCGGAGCGCAGCGCGGCCGCACAGGUAUUUCAGCUGAGCUGUGCAAGGAACUUCCUUUACUAGCUGGAGAUUCAUGAUGUUGAAAGCCCUUUUCCUAACUAUGCUGACUCUGGCUCUGGUCAAGUCACAGGACACCGAAGAAACCAUCACGUACACGCAAUGCACAGAUGGAUAUGAGUGGGAUCCUGUAAGACAGCAGUGCAAAGAUAUUGAUGAAUGUGACAUUGUCCCAGACGCUUGCAAAGGUGGAAUGAAAUGUGUCAACCACUACGGAGGAUACCUCUGCCUUCCUAAAACAGCCCAGAUUAUUGUCAAUAAUGAACAGCCUCAGCAAGAAACACCGGCGGCAGCGGAAGGUGUGGGUGCCACUGCAAAUGCUGCCGCCACAUCAGGUGCAGGCGCUGGGGGCAUGGCAGCCAGUGGCAUGGCAGCCAGUGCAGUGAUGCCUGGGGGCGGCUUCGUUGCCAGUGCUGCUGCUGUUGCAGGCCCUGAAGUACAGACUGGCCGAAAUAACUUUGUCAUCCGACGGAACCCAGCUGACCCUCAGCGCAUCCCAGCCAACCCUUCUCACCGGAUCCAGUGCGCAACGGGCUAUGAGCAGAGUGAGCAUAACGUGUGUCAAGACAUAGACGAGUGCACUGCGGGGACUCACAACUGUAGAGCUGACCAAGUGUGCAUCAAUUUACGAGGCUCCUUCGCCUGUCAAUGCCCCCCGGGGUACCAGAAGCGGGGAGAGCAGUGUGUAGACAUAGAUGAAUGCACCAUCCCUCCAUAUUGCCACCAAAGAUGCGUGAACACACCAGGAUCAUUUUAUUGCCAGUGCAGUCCUGGGUUUCAGUUGGCCGCAAACAACUAUACCUGUGUAGAUAUAAACGAAUGUGAUGCCAGCAAUCAAUGUGCUCAGCAAUGCUACAACAUUCUUGGUUCAUUCAUCUGUCAGUGCAAUCAAGGAUACGAACUAAGCAGUGACAGGCUCAACUGUGAAGAUAUUGAUGAAUGCAGAACCUCAAGCUACCUGUGUCAAUAUCAGUGUGUCAAUGAACCUGGGAAAUUCUCGUGUAUGUGCCCCCAGGGAUACCAAGUGGUGAGAAGUAGAACAUGUCAAGAUAUAAAUGAGUGUGAGACCACAAAUGAAUGUCGGGAAGAUGAAAUGUGUUGGAAUUAUCAUGGUGGCUUCCGUUGUUACCCACGAAAUCCUUGUCAAGAUCCGUACAUUCUAACAUCAGAGAACCGAUGUGUUUGCCCAGUCUCAAGUGCGGUGUGCCGAGAACUUCCCCAGUCCAUAGUCUACAAAUACAUGAGCAUCCGAUCUGAUAGGUCUGUGCCGUCAGACAUCUUCCAGAUACAGGCCACAACCAUUUAUGCCAAUACUAUCAAUACUUUUCGGAUUAAAUCUGGAAAUGAAAAUGGAGAGUUCUACCUAAGACAAACAAGUCCUGUAAGUGCAAUGCUUGUGCUGGUGAAGUCGUUAUCAGGACCAAGAGAAUAUAUCGUGGACCUGGAGAUGCUAACAGUCAACAGUAUAGGAACCUUCCGCACAAGCUCAGUGUUAAGAUUGACAAUAAUAGUGGGGCCAUUUUCUUUUUAGUCUUUUAAGAGUCCACUAUAGGCAUUUAAAUCAGCCAAAGAAUAUUGUUACAACAAAGCACUAUUUUAUUUAUAGACAUAUCUAGUACAUCUACAUCUAUAUGCUGUACACUCACCAAUAAUUCAAACAAUUACACCAUGGUAUAAAGUGGGCAUUUAAUCUGUAAAGAUUCAAAGUUUGUCUUUAUUACUGUAUGUAAAUUAUACAUUAAUCCACUAAACUGGUCUUCUUCAAGAGAGCUAAGCAUACUCUAUCCAAUGAAACUUGGAUUCUUUUCUGUAAAAGUGGGACAAAGCAAUGAUUAUCUUCUGUGGUGCUUAAGGAAACUUACUACAGCCCCACUGACAGUCUCAUAAGGAGGCAGCCUCAUAACAUUGAACAGCAUGCAAGUUCAAGGAUGAAUUUUUUAACUGCUUUGUAACAAAAUGGAAAAAGUCAAUAAAGAUAUAUUUCUUUAGAAAAUGAG